GAAAGCAGGUAGGAAUCAGUCGCGCGUGAACCGUGCACGAGGCACGUUUAUCGUUCGAUCUUUCAUCGGCCAGGACGACAUCGACGCUCGCGAGGAUGAGCAGACCGACAUCGCUCUCUUACUUUUACGAAAGAAAGUGCUACUUGUGCGAACGUCGCACCGUUUACCCGGAUCACGACGUCGUCAAAAAGCCAACGCAGAGAGUGAGAUUCGCCGAGCCGAAGAAAAUGCUAAGAUCAGCCUCGCCGCAGUAUCCCAGCAGAGGAUCCGAUGCUCGAGUGAUCCGUUUGACGGCGGAUCAAGAAGCUGUUCUCCAGGAGCAGUUCAACAGAUGGCCGAGGGCACCUCACACUGCGGAUGUCGUCCUGUUGGCAGCCGAGACAGGUCUUUCCGAAGCCGACGUCGAGGCCUGGUACGCUAUCCGAUUAGCCCAAUGGAGGAAAGAACAGGGCCUGGGGGGAAAUCUUGGUUUGCAUUAACGUUUGACAGUGAGACUUCCUUAACGUGACUGUGUACCUGAAAAUGUAAUUCGUAUAAGGAUUGCCUAUGAACCUGACAACGAUCUAUUCUUUAUCGAUAUUCCGUUGCUUCUAGCUUAGCAAUUGUAUUCAUGUAGAUUUCGUUAAUUUAAAACGACACGAUUUAUUUAUGAUAAUCAUCAUUGCGUAGCGUAGCAAAGUUAGGGCGAAUGGUUGCAAACCAAAAAUUGAUUUUAAGAAGUAACUUUGAGUAGGAAAACGUAUAGUAGAGAAAUAAUCGUAGUUAUAUUAACGUUUUUAUGAUUAUUUAUUUCGAUUCUAAAGUAUGCAAAUGUUAGAACGAUCGAAUAAAAAAUUCUUUUCAACUGCCUCGACAUUGUUUAUUCGUAUGUA